CUCUGCAAGUCGCCAUUUUAUUCAUUCGUCAUUGUUCAUCCACUUGUUCUGGAUUAACUGGCUGCUCGUGUGGUUUGUGAAAAAGAAAAUUCUAGGAAACCCGGAAAUAAGUGGUUUUAAAUUUGUGACUACCAGUUUGCUGUAAGUUUUAAAUCUGUGAACAAUAAUGACUGACGCCGAGAAGACCGCACCAGAAACCACCGCCGAAACAAAGGAAACGACCAAAGCGGAAAACGAUGGAACUGAAGGCGAUGUGCAAAAGGACAACGAACACCAACGUACGAUCAAUGUUGGUAACUUGCCGAAAGAUAUUACGGAGCAGCAGCUGCGUGAUCACUUCGCGGGGCAUGAGGUAGAGCGCGUUGAGAUUUAUCACUAUCUCCGCAACACGCUUGCCCUGCUGGUGUUCAAGGAGAAAGCGGCCGCUCAGAAGGCUUGUGAGGAGAAGGAUGGUUCGAUGCUGAAUGAUCGUCGGCUUCGCAUCCAUAUCGAGUACAUUACCAUCCGGUACACCAAGAAGGACGUGAUUGUGGCCGUCUUGGACGAUGACAUGACCGAGGAGAAGCUGUACGAUCGCGUCAAGGAGCACUGCGAGGUCACGCAGGUGUUCAUCUUCCAUCCGCUCGGCUACGUGCACCUUGGCAAGGAUGUCGAUAAGGCAGCGGUGCUGGAAAAGCUGAACGCCGGCGGGCUGAAGGCGUACGACGUGAAUGGGCGCGAUCAGAACCAGCACGUCGACCUGUGGCGUGCGGCCAAGCUGUUCUUCCGCAACCGCAACCGGGUGCAGCUGCUGAACAUACCCCAGAAGUGGGUAGAAAAUACGGAAGAGCUGAAGAAGGCUUGCUCCGAGGCGGGCACCAUUACCGAGGCCAUCGCUAACAACGUCAGCCAGGGAUCGUCCAACUAUUACGCGCGCAUUUUCUUCGAAACGGAGGAGCAGGCGGCGAAGGCAGCCGAACUGCUGAACGGCAAAGUGUUCGAAGGCAAGCGCAUCCACGCGCUGCAUCUGUCAUCCGCGCUGCUGCCAAACUACAAAACGUCCGUUUAUGUGGCGCCGCUGGAACGCACUGUCACCGAGGAGGAAGUGUACGAGCAUUUCAAGCAGUUCGGUGAUAUCGAUUUCGUCAACCGGCGCAACUGUGGAGAAAAUGCCAUCGUUUGCUACAAGACGUCGGAGGCGGCAGAGAAAGCGCUUGCCUGCACCACCUUCCCGGCUCCGACCGAAGCCAACAAGGAGGCCACCAAGACGGUCACCGUCUUGCGGUACGAUGGGCCGCUGGUGCUGCGUGCCACAAGCGUGAAGCGUAAGGCAGCUAGCGGCACCGCCAAGGGUGCGGCCGGUGAAGGCAAGACGCGUGAGUCUCGCCCGGCAGGUGGUUCGGAUCGCGAAAAGUCGCACAAGGACAUCCUGCAGAAGCUGCAGGCGUUCUACCCGGUGUACGUGUCGAACAUUCCGUUCAGCUGCCCGGCGCACGUCAUCCGUGAGUUCUUCUCCGGGGCCGGUGGUGAGGUGAAGUUUAUCUUCUCGCCCCAGCACUACCAUCCGUACCGGCUGAGCUCCCCGCAACCGGUCAAGACGGCGAUGGUGUACUACACGCGCCGCAGCGACAUGCUGAACGCGAUCAAGCAGCUGGACAAGAAGAUGCUGAACAAUCAGCACCUGCACGUGCUGCCCGGACGCGGAGACUGCAACUUCAGCCAGCAGAAAACGGUAAAGCUGUCCAAGAUCACUGAAUCCCUGUCGGAGGACGCCAUUUUCCGCAAGAUGCGUCCGCUAGGUAAAGUUGUACGUUUGACCAAAAAGAAUCGCUCACUGGCAUUUGUCGAGUUUGCCGACGCUGCCGAUGUUGAGAAGGUCUUGAAAAUGAAGCCGGACGAGCUGACGAUCAAUUGUGUCUAUUCGAAGAUCACGAAGGACGUCAGCCGCCGGCUGUACAACGAGUCCGAUCCUCGCAUUCUGGGUACAAUCGUGCGCUUGCUGCGCCGCAACCCGAAGAUGCUGAACAAGACCACCGGGGCCGGUCCACUUAUGGGCGGCAAUAGUGCCGUUGGCGGUGGUCCCGGUGGAUUCGGUGGUGGCAAACGCCCUCGCAUGAAUGGUCCGCCUGGUGGUUUCGGCAAUGUGCCUCCCUUCAAUCCGAAUGCCGGAGGCAAUAACCUUAAUAACAACCAAGCCAUCCAGGACCUGCUGCGCCUGGCGUUCAUGUCUGGCAAGAACGUUGGCGAAAGUUUGGCCGCCGGCGGUGGCAAUGUUGGUGGCAAUCAGGGCCCCAACCGCGGUGGCGGCGGCGGCGGUUCUUUCAAUAAUGCCGAUCCUCCAAUUUCUAACCAGGGCGGCGGCAACAAUGCCUUCGGUGGUGGUGACGGUGGCUUCGGCGCCGGCGGCGGCGGCGGUGGUGGCGGCCGCAAUAUGAACAAUCGUAAUCAGAACAUGAACUUCCGCGGUGGUAACCGCAACAAUCAGAACAACAACGUCGGUGGCAAUCGAGGCCUCGGCAACAACAGCAACAACAAUGCUGGUGGUAACAAUAAUUUCGGCAACCAGAACCAGAGCGGUGGUGGUAGUGGUGGGCCACGUGGCGGCGGCGGUGCGCUCGGUGGUGGUGGUGGCAACAACAACAGCGGUGGUGGUAUGAUGAACAACCGCAACAUGAAUAACAUGAACAACCGCAACAAUAGCAACAAUAUGAAUAUGAACAACAAGCGCACCGGGGGCAACAACAAUCUGCCGCAGCAGAAUGCUGCCCUCCCGGCCGGCGGCGUUGCUGCCGCCGUCGGUGGAGGCAAUAUGAACAAGGGCGGUGGCAUGCGGGGCAACAACAAUCAGGGCAUGGGUGGAGGUGGCAGUGGAAUGGGCAGCGGUGGGGGUGGUAACAUGAACAUGAACCGUUCGAACAAUAGUAUGGGCGGCGGCAGCGGUAUGGGUGGGGGUAACAACCGCAACAAUCGCAACAACUUCAACGACACCAGCUCGUUUGGCGGUGUCGGCGGUGGCAAUAGUAACUCGUUCGGCGGUGGUAACAACAACUUCUCGAACGACAACUUUGGCGGUGGUCGUAACAACGACAACAGCUACUCGAACGACAACUUUGGCGGUGGACGUAACGAUAGUUACUCCAGCGAUAGUAACUUUGGCGGUAAUAGCGGCGGCGGCGGCGGAGGCCGUAACAAUUUUGGUGGCAAUCGCAACAACGAUAGCUACGGUAGCAACCGCAACGAUAACUUCGGCGGUAGUGGUGGCGGUAGCUCCAACUUUGGAGGCGGCAACGCGUUCGGCAACAACAGUCGCUUUAGCAACGACAAUGAUGGCCCGUUCAGUGGCAACAGCGGCGGCAAUGCCGGUGGCGGUAACAAUUCCUUCGGUGCGAAUAACCGCGGCAACAACUCGUCCAACAGCCGCUUCAGUGACGAUAACAUUGGCGGCGGCGGUUACGGCGGUGGUGGCAACACCAGCAACCGCGGGGGCAAUUUUAACGACAGCGGCAACAACUUUGGUGGCAACAACCGCGGCAGCGGUGGCAACCAGAAGCCCCAGGGUCUGUUCAACCUCGGCGGAGGUGGUGGCUCCGGAGGUGGAAACCUCGGCGGAAGCGGCAACAUGUCGUACAAUAACAAUUUCGGCGGCGGCAACUCGAACAAUUCGGGUGGCAACAAUUUCCGCAACAACGACAACAACAAGGGAGGCUGGAACAGCAACAACAGUGGGCUGGGUGGUGGCCGAUCAAACAACAACCAGGACAAUAUUGGUCGCCUGGCGGGUAGUCUGUUCAGUCGCCGCUUUUAAGCUAAAUAACGUGUGUCGCGCUUUUUGUUGAUGCGAAAAGGCGUUUUUGAAAUAAUAGUUGGUGGUGUUGGUAGCUUGUCCCGCUACGAGCCACGAAGAGGGUGCGCGCAGUGUGUUUUCGAACACACACACACACAAACACACAUACAUAUACGUGCGUGCGUAAGUACCGAUAUAUGAUCUUGACCCAGCACAUGCAUCUGCUGCUAUUUUCUCUUAAGAAUCCUUGACAAACAAAAAUAGUUCAAAGUUGAGAGAUGUUCCGCAAAAUUACCACCCUUCACCAAGAAAGCCCUAACCAACGUGUAACACCCCACCAACGAUAGGAAACUGCAAACUUUCAGGGUGAAUGUUGUUGCCCAGUAGAGUAGGGUUUAAGUUAAGAGAUGUCGACAUAUUUGAUACGAUCGUGAGAUAUCCAUGGUGUAUCAAUUUUUCAGAUAGAUUGAAUUACUUUCUCCCUCCCUCCCUCCCCGUGCAUUAUGUUCAUGCGCCCGCUUAGUUCAUAAUUCUAACGCCGAUGUAACUAGCUUGUUUUACCAGUUUAAUUGUGAACAGAAUUUAUUUAUUUGUAACUCGACAGUUCGCAGUUUGGCACCUCCUUUACGAGCACUCUUCCAUUUAUUGUUUUGUUUAGCAUUGACGGAAGAGGAAAAUCCUUCCCUCUUGUACUGUCGGACAUGCAAAUUUUUAACUAAACUCAUUUAAUGUAAGGUAUAUAUCGCAGGCAGUGCAAAGAUACUUAGGAUUAAUUGGAUACAUGAUUAAGGCAAACCACACGCGCGAAGGAGACUACCAAGCUAAACUAGGAUUACAUGUUUCACCUUAACAUUACAUUCUUUAGAAAUGUAUUUGAAAUGAAAUGCGCUUCACAAGUAGUAAAUCGAGCUAGGAAUGAUGCAAAUACAUGAUAACAAAGAAGUCGAUUCGUGAUUGGUUUUGUGGCACUAGUGUACGAGAGACAGAGAAAGAGCUUGAUGUGCUGUGCGAUGUGGUGGCUUUCGUUACGCUCCACCAUUAUUUAACACUUUAUUCUACAACUUCUGAUUCGUCGUCGCAAAAGUGUAUCACCUUUGUAGUAUGACAGGCGACGAAACGGUUUUACACCGACUCAAACCUUUAGUGAUCUUUUUAGCACUGUUUUGAAGUGAUGCUUGAAAAAUAGACUCAUCUUUUCUUUGUCUUUCCUGUUGAUUGGUUAGUUGAAUAGUUCCAAAGCACAGAGGAUCGCUGAUAACUACAAUCUAAAACGAAAUUCAUAACAGUUUGAAUGAGUCAACCGCAAAUAAAGAAGUGUAUCAUUUACGAGGCAACUGCAUGAUCACAGCUGCAGCUGCUGCAUGAAUUCAAUGCACGCACAUUGCCCCCGAUCCGUACAGCAAACGAUGGUUAAUAAUAGCUGUUCUCUUGCGAACUUAGCACGUUUUUUUGUAAAUAAUAGUUCGGCACUCAAACUUAGCAUCGGGUUUGAAUAAACCGCAACGUGUGUAAAAAAUUCACCUGAUAAUGGUUUUUAUUAAAACACAUAAUCAAUUUUCUUGAACAUGUUUAACAAUCACCACAUCCACGUCAGAUCGUACUACAAUUAGCCUAAAAGCUUCAAUCACAGCUUGGUCGAUCGUACUAAGUGUAGAAAUAUGCAUUGUGUAUUAUUCCAGAAUAAUUGGAAUAAGUUUUAACGGGGCACAUAUUUAGAGUCUCUCAGUUCAAAACACUUAGUAGAAGAGAGACCGACCAAUAACCUCUGUUGCUAGCGGGCGGUCCCAGCCAAAUACAUUCGCUCUUGAAUUGUGUGUAUUGUGCAUCAUAUUUGGCAAGAAAGUUAGGUGGUUUGCGCAUGUCGAAACAGAAUCGAUUUAUAAAUAGUGAAAAACAUGUACAACAACAAGAUCAGUCAGUGUCAGUCAGUCCAUCCCGAGUGUACACGUGUAUGUUGACUAUCGGCUGGUGUGUAUUGGCACACGUGUUCUUUUUCCCUGAGACAGUACCGACCCCGUUGCCAAUUCAUAGGCGCGCGCAUAAGUGUGCAACGGUAAAUAUGAUUGUGUCGUGGAAUGAUUGAAAAGCAUGAUAGUAUUUAUAAUUAAAAUAAUAUGCUCAAACCCGACGCAACUACUUCGUGCGGCGUUUCUGCUAAAAGAAGAAGAGGAGGGAACACACGGAUGCUAAUUCCUAGCAGAAAAGCAAACCCCGUAAGCUAAUACAAAAAAAAAAACAAAACAAAACAUUCAACUAAAUAAAAUUGGGAAAACCAAUACUUAUAAAUACUUGGUUUGACAAGUUGUCUGAUUUUAUAUUUCCAUAGACAAGAAAGCAUACCUAUAGAGCCUAACUAGCUUGUGGGAACAGUUUAAUAUUUAUCCUUCCCUUUUUACAGUAAAACACGGUAGCAUUGUACACCAACGGCAAGAAGUGUACCUGAUGUAUGCCACAAAAUUGUAUCAAAUGGUAGCAAAAGAGUGAAGACUCAAUAAUACAAACAAUGAUGGACCACUUGUCGAUCGUUACGGGUAGUUUCGCUUACCGUCUGUUUUGAAAACACUUGGCUUCCCGAUUGCCCUGCCGCACAGGAAUUCCGCCGGAUGUCCGCAUUCAGCAAUAUUACACCAUAUAGAAGGAUGGAAAGGAAAUAAACAACCAGCAGCCACCAGUUACUGCUGCAGCUAUCUUCACCACUGAAACCCAAUGCGUGUAUGCGCUUGCAACGCGUCAACGGAACUUCAAUCUCCUCAUAUUCCCGCAAUAGGGAGCGAAAAGCGUUCACUACUCAUUGUCCAAAGCUCUAAUGUGUACACUAUUUUGCCUUAGUCAUGUGGCGCACUUGCAUUGUAUGGUAAUAUGGCAUUUCUGUCUUCACCAACAGCUUUUGUUCAGACGAGAAAAGAAAACACGUUGCUGUGGUGCUGGUGGAUGAUGUGAACGGUAUACAGCUGAUUGCAUUUAAUUGCGAUGCACAUCUCAAAAACAAAAAUAACAUCAUAAUAAUAAUAGUGUUUGGUGUGCCUUAACACACAAUUCUCGAUCAACCAGCUUCGAGACGCGCGCAGUUAUAUUAACAUUUUUAGAGCGAAUUGGAUUUACCUUUGAGUCGUCCUCAAUCUGCCAAAGGAGCAGCAAAGCAAACACACCUUGCUGGUAGCGCUUGACGCGCGUGUAGCAACUUAUGUAAGUAAAACUUAAUUAUGCUUCUGCCACCAUUUUUGGCCGCCUUGGACGCAUCGAGCGUUGUUUCACAUUAGCUUUUUAGCUAGGAUAGUCAAUCGCCACCACCAACCCGAAAUAGGGAGAGCUCUGAUCUUCCAAUAGACACACACACACCUCUCACGAUCGCCUCGUCUAACGUUGCCCUUGAGUGCAUCAUGUUCGUGAGCGAACUAUCCGAAAGCAUCCUGCGGAUGUGUGUAUCAUCCAGGACGAAGGAAUAAUAAUGUAAGAUCUCGAUUAAAAAAAAAACCCCAAAUGAUCAUUGCUCUCCAUCCGUCUUCCCGUUUAAAAAGAUGUUAUUAUUCUUAUAACUCUUAUUAUAACCCGUCUUAUUCUAGCUGUUAGUCUUUGUUUCUGUUGCCACACUAGUGUUAAACACAAGUGGGCUGAAACAUAGCAAUUUAAAUAUUCUAUGGGUACGACUCAACAUUCCUAGUAAUGUAAUGUAACGGAUUGAUGGCUCUCCAAAACAUCGUAUUCCUAUCACUGCCCGAUGGGGGAGCAAUGAAGCCCCGAGACAAGUGCCGCCGUUGUUGUACUUGGCGCAACACGAAUUGCAUUCCAGGACCGUAAAGUUACCUCUCGUUUAUUGGACGUGACAGAGGGAAGGGUGAGUCCUUCGAGCAAAUCUUGACAAACCCGUCUCCAAAAGGAUCCAUCCUAUCCGGCACUAUCGGUAAUCUUAUUACGAUACGGGGGCAUACGGACACAGUAACAUUUCGUAGUCUGUGCUGUGUGCAUUCCUGUUUUUAGUGCGUACCCACGACUCUCAUCAUGUUCCUUGCUCUCUGUUUUUAUAAAUUGUAUUAUUACAUUAUUAUGCUUGCAAAUAUCUUCCCAAUCACUUACACCUACUGCUGAACAGUGUGCUACUAAUUAUACUUUGAUCUAUCUUUUAGUGUCCAAGAAGCCUGUGGGGUGUAUUUUAAUGAUAAUCGUCGAUUUAUACUUAAAUUAAACUAAUUAACCUUUAACAAGCUUAUCGUUCGUCCGCGGAGUGAUCAUCAUCAUCAUCAUCUGGAUACAUCGUCUGCGACACGAUCUAUGGUGGUAAAUAUGAAAAGGGAGCCGUCUUGUAAGUUGGUUACUGGUACAAUGAUUAUAUUGUUAUUGCUAUUACUUCAUAUUUUAAAUGUAAAUUUCGCUAUGCUCAAUCAUAAACGAAAGAUUCCAAAACGGUGUUUCGAAUGAGUAAUGCUCAGCCGUCCCCGUAAAUGAGCAAAUGUGUAAAUGACGUGUGACAGAUGGUAGGAGAUAUGUUAUUUACAAUUACCUCAAAUAAUAGCCAAAGUGUGCGUGUGUAUGCUUCCAGCAUGAUUGCGGAAAUGCUGUUAUACUCUGCUACUAACGGAAAACUGGUGUGUGCUGUAGUGUGUGAAACAUUGGAUAUAAACAAACAAACAAACAAAGGCAAACGCCCGAGGCCCAUUUGGUUGUGUCACCGCCCCAAACAGAUCGGCCGGGAAUGUUGAAUAAAACAGAAUCAAACUGAUUUGUGCGCCUCUUAGUUCCGACGAAAUGGGUGGCGUUGUGUGCUCUAUCACUGGACUUGCAAAGCGGCGGGGAUCAUCUUGUGGUUCUUCACAAAGGUUUUGGAUGCACACGAUGGCGUCGAUGUUCGAAUGUAGAAUGUGUGAAGAAGGGUUACAAUUCUAUUGGAACAUGGAAGCAUAAUCAUGUGUCAACAAAACACCGUUUUUGCUUUCCACACGCGCACACAAUCUCGCGUUUCGGAAGAACGAAUGGGGCCCCACAUCGUUUGUUGAAAAUCAAA